AUGCACAUCGCCCGUGCCCUCCUCCUCCUCCCUCUCGGCCUCGGCCUCCCCGCCACCGCCGCGGCCAAGCGCCCGCCGCCCUCCGACAAGGCCGUGCUGCUCUCUUCCGUGCAGACGCUCACCGUCCGCGGCGGCGGCGCCAAGACCACCCACCGCCGCGUCCGCGCCAUCCCGCAGCUGCGGUGCGUCUCCCCCGACCGCGCCCUCUGCGCGCUGCACGCCGUCGACCUCAUGCGCUGCACCAACCAAGGGUCCUCCUACGGCGACGAGGACGUCGAGUGGAGCUGCGAGGCCUCGCUGCCGCCGGAGCUCCGGCUCGGCGCCACAGACGUCGUCUGCGAGGGCUACGCGUCCGCAGACGACCCGUACGUGCUCAAGGGCAGCUGCGGCGUCGAGUACACCCUCGCCCUCACGGACCAGGGCGAGCGCCGCUACCCGGAGCUGGCGCGCGGCGGAGGACGUGGGCUGGGUGGCGGUGCGGACGCCUCGGCGUGGCUGUUUGCGCUCGUCUUCGUGGGCGUCUUUGCGUGGAUCGCGUACUCGGCGUGCGUGGCCGGAUCUGGCAACAACAGAAGACAAGGACACACGACUAGACGAUAUGGAGGCGGUGGCGGCGGCGGUGGUGGUGAUGGUCCGGGAGGCGGCGGCGGCUGGGGUCCUCGCAACGAUCUUCCGCCGCCCUAUCCAGGCUCGGACAACAGCUACAAGCCGUCAUCGAGCAGCAGCAGCAGCAGCAGCAGCAGUCAGCAGCAGCAGGGUUGGAGGCCCGGUUUCUGGACCGGUCUCGCCAGCGGCGCCGCCGCUUCCUACCUCGCCGGCGGCCGCAACCGCGACAACAACCGGAACAACUACUCGCCCUGGGGCGGCAACAACUACGGCGCCUCCGGCUCGCGAUGGGGCGGCGGCGACUCCUGGGCUGGCCCCUCGUCGUCUUCCGGCCGCACCCGCGGGGGUGGCUCCGGCGAUAGGCACGAGAGCACCGGCUUCGGCUCGACUAGGCGCAGAUGA